UAUCUGGUUUAUUAAUAAUGAAUUUUGAUAAUAUUAAUGUUCCGCAAAAACUGGUACCUGACAACUACUGGCAGCUGGGACUGGCAGCGCAACGCCCCAAGCAGCGUGGAUUCAAAGAGCUCCUUGAAAAGCGAAAAUUGCCAGCAAAUGGGUGGCCUGAUGAGCAUAUUGAAGAGCUGGUGCACCAAAUAGCGUCAUUGGACAGCAACAACUUUCCUCACAAAGUGGGAUUAGGCGAGCGGGAGGCGCGCAUCACUUGCCGACUUGUGUCCCGACGUCACUACAACUUUGGACAUGGCAUAGGACGCUCUGGCGAUCUGCUAGAGGCACAGCCCAAAGCAGCUGGUUCCACUCUGCUCGCACACCUCACGAAUGCACUGAUCUUGGAUCUAAUGCAGGGCCUUGGCCUGCCCAGCUGCAGAGGAUGUUUUCUGGUGCCGAUGUGCACCGGCAUGACCAUCACACUGUGCCUGCAGAGUCUGCGCAAGCAGCGUCCACAAGCCAAAUAUGUCCUCUGGUCACGCAUCGACCAAAAGUCGUGCUUUAAAGCCAUUACGGCCGCGGGUCUAGAGCCCGUGAUAGUCCCUUGCCUGGUGCAGCAUCAAGCUCUAAGCACUGACAUAAAUGCAUUCCAACAACAGAUUGAGGAUCUAGGUGCCGAAACCAUCCUAUGUCUUUACACGACCACAAGCUGCUUUGCUCCACGAAACAGCGAUAGCAUCGUUGACAUUGCCCAGCUGGCCAAGCGCUGCAACCUUCCCCAUCUCGUGAACAAUGCAUAUGGGCUGCAGAUCAGUACCAUCUCGCGACAGUUGGAACGGGCCCAGCGAUUGGGCCGCAUUGACUACUUUGUGCAGAGCAGCGACAAGAAUUUCCUGGUACCCGUGGGUGGUGCCAUUGUGGCCAGCUUCAACCAGACCCUUCUGCAUCUGGUGGGCAGUAGCUAUGCGGGUCGAGCGAGUGGUUCUCAAACGCUGGAUGUCUUCAUGACGCUGCUGUCACUGGGACGGAGCGGCUACCAAUCGUUGGUCCAGAAGCGGGAGGAUAACUUUAAUUAUCUCAAGGAACAGCUAAUUGCAUUCGCACAAAGUCAUGGCGAACAGGUUAUCGAAAGCAGGGAAAACUUCAUAUCGUUGGCCAUUACAUUGGGAACUCUCUGUGUCGCCACGGGUCAAGGGUCAAGUAUUACACAGCUGGGAUCCAUGCUGCACAUGCGCGGAGUCUCUGGGGUGCGCGUAGUGAUCCCCGGUCAGAAGAAAACUAUAGAUGGACAUGCAUUCUCAGAUUUCGGUUCCCACCAGACGAACCUGGAAAUCCCUUAUCUCACCGUGGCGGCUGCCCUGGGCAUCACUCAAGAAGAGAUUGAUAAGUUCUUUAAGAUCUUUCACAAAUGCUGGACGAAAUUCAGCCAGUCGCUCAGCGAAAAUAAAACCAAACAAUAAUCAGUAUUAUUUAA